AUGGCCAACUCCACGGAGAACCCUGGGGGCCGCCCUCGACAAAUUCCCACAGGGGGCGUCCUGUACAACACGGGAGCAGCGCUCCUGAGCACUGGCAAGGUCACGGUCACCAAACACCAGAACGCUUCGCCGGCGAGGGCAACCCCGGCCCGGCCGUGCCCUUCCAGGUCAUCGUCGGACGGGUCAUUAUCGGCCAGGUCGGCCUCCGUGACGUCCUCCCCAACGAGAGUGCACCUUGUUAGAGCAACACCAGUAGGGGCUGCACCUGUUCGGGCGUCUCCUGCCAGUUCAGCGCCAGCCACCAGGGAGGGCCCAGGUACCAGCGGGCCCAAGUUCUCCUGGCAGGAGGGCCAGAAGCGGCUGCCGCUCAUCGGGUGCAUCCUCCUCCUCAUCGCCCUGGUGGUCUCGCUCAUUGUUCUCUUCCACUUCUGGCGGGGCCACACAGGGAUCAAGUACAAGGAGCCGGUGGAGAGCUGCCCCAGCCACACUGUUCGCUGUGAUGGGGUGGUGGACUGCAAGCUGCAGAGUGACGAGCUGGGCUGUGUGAGGUUUGACUGGGACUCAUCUUUGCUGAAAGUCUACUCUGGCCCCUCCCACCAGUGGCUGCCCAUCUGCAGCCACAGCUGGAACGACUCCUUCUCCGAGAAGACCUGUCGGCAGCUGGGUUUCAAGAGUGCUUACCGAACCACCGAGGUGGCCCUCAGGGACGUUACCAGCAGCUUCUCUGUUUCUGAAUACAACUCUACCAUCCAGGAAAGCCUGCAUCGGUCCGAAUGCCCUUCCCAGCGGUACAUCUCUCUCCAGUGUUCCCACUGUGGACUGCGAGCCAUGACCGGGCGGAUCGUGGGAGGGGCGCUGGCCCCCGAGAGCAAAUGGCCUUGGCAAGUCAGCCUGCACUACGGCACCACGCACAUUUGUGGGGGCACGCUCAUCGACGCCCAGUGGGUGCUCACCGCGGCCCACUGCUUCUUUGUAACCCGGGAGAAGAUCCUGGAGGGCUGGAAGGUGUACGCAGGCACUAACAACCUGCACCAGCUGCCCGAGGCGGCCUCCAUCUCCCAGAUCAUCAUCAACGGCAACUACACCGACGAGCAGGAUGACUACGACAUCGCCCUCAUGCGGCUCUCCAAGCCCUUGACCCUGUCGGCUCACGUCCACCCUGCCUGCCUCCCCAUGCACGGACAGACCUUCAGCCUCAACGAGACCUGCUGGAUCACAGGCUUUGGCAAGACCAAGGAGACAGACGAGAAGACAUCCCCAUUCCUCAGGGAGGUGCAGGUCAACCUCAUCGACUUCAGGAAGUGCAAUGACUACCUGGUCUAUGACAGCUACCUCACCCCGAGGAUGAUGUGCGCUGGGGACCUGCGUGGGGGCAGAGACUCCUGCCAGGGAGACAGCGGGGGGCCUCUUGUCUGCCAGCAAAACAACCGCUGGUAUCUGGCAGGUGUCACCAGCUGGGGCACAGGCUGUGGCCAGAGAAACAAGCCCGGUGUGUACACCAAAGUGACAGAAGUCCUCUCCUGGAUUUACAGCAAGAUGGAGAGUGAGGCGCGCUUCCGGAAAUCCUAA